AGGUGAUUUCAGCUAGUCUGACUGAUCAGACCUCUGCUCAGGUGAAGUAGAUGGCAAUACUUAGUUGUCUCACCACAACAGGUGCAGCAAAUUAAUCGGAGAGCGAGGGAGAUGUCUGUCAAGCUCAGGCUGCACACACCCAUGGCAGUCCUAAAAAGACUAAAUAGGCAAAAUAAGUGAAAACACCCAUAUGAGUGUACAGUGUAAUUUGAUGGUUAGUAGAGGUGUAUUGCUUGAUGAAGACUGAUUCAUUAUAUAUGUACCAUGUCUUAACCAAAAACACCACAGUGACAGAUCACAACCGAAACCUUCUAGUGGAGACCAUCCGCUCCAUCACAGAGAUCCUCAUAUGGGGGGACCAGAAUGACAGCUCUGUAUUUGACUUCUUCCUGGAGAAGAACAUGUUUGCCUUCUUCCUGAACAUCCUGCGUCAGAAGUCAGGGCGCUACGUCUGUGUCCAGCUCCUUCAGACCCUCAACAUACUGUUUGAGAACAUCAGCCAUGAGACUUCCUUGUAUUACCUCUUGUCAAACAACCACGUGAACUCCAUCAUUGUCCACAAAUUUGACUUCUCGGAUGAAGAGAUCAUGGCCUAUUAUAUCUCCUUCCUCAAGACGCUUUCACUUAAACUCAACAACCACACUGUGCAUUUCUUCUAUAAUGAGCACACUAAUGACUUUGCCCUGUACACCGAGGCCAUUAAGUUUUUCAACCACCCUGAAAGCAUGGUCCGCAUCGCAGUCCGCACCAUCACACUCAACGUCUACAAAGUUUCAUUGGACAACCAGCACAUGCUGCACUACAUCCGAGAUAAGACGGCAGUUCCAUAUUUCAGCAACCUGGUCUGGUUUAUUGGCAGCCAUGUCAUCGAAUUGGACAAGUGUGUGCAGACAGAUGAAGAACAUAAAAACAGAGGGAAGUUAAGUGACCUGGUAGCUGAGCACCUUGACCACCUCCAUUACCUUAACGAUAUCCUCAUCAUCAACUGUGAAUUCCUCAACGACGUUUUGACCGACCACCUCCUCAACCGUUUGUUCCUGCCCCUUUAUGUCUACUCUUUGGUUAGCCCUGAGACGUCUGAAGAAAGAAAGAUCAACCCUCAGGUGUCCCUCUAUCUGUUGUCUCAGGUGUUUCUGAUCAUCCACUAUCAGCCAAUGGUCAACGCUCUGGCCGAUGUUAUUCUCAAUGGAGACCUCUCCGUCUUCACAACACAGACGGAUACACACAGCACGCACAAGAACACGGCAAGUACAGGAAGUGUGCGGCGGUUCACCAAGCCGCCUGAAUCCCUGGAGCGCUCCCUGGAGCUGUCACGCCACAGAGGCCGCAAGAGAACUCAGAAGAGGCCAAACUACAAGAACCUGGGCGAGGAGGAGGAUGACGAAAGGCCUGGGGGAGGGGGAGGAGGCAGCGGAGGAGGAACGGAGGAGAGCUGGGACGACGACAGUAGAGGAGGAGAGAGGGAGGGAGGACGAGAGAGGGAGAAGGGAAAAGGUACAGAGGGAGGAGGAGGUGGGAGUUCUAAGGGAAGCAGAGCAAGUGGGGAGACAGCGGAAGAGAUAGAGAUGGUGGUGAUGGAGAAGUGUAAGGUGUCAGAGCUGACGGAGCAGAACAUCACUGAUGAAGAGAAGACGGCUGCAGCCACACGCACACAUGCACAGAGGAGCAGGCCUUUCUUAGACAUGGUGUACAGUGCUCUCGACUGCACCAGCGACGACUACCACGCCCUGUUUGUCCUCUGCCUGCUUUAUGCUGUCUCACACAGCAAAGGUAUAAACAGAGAUCUUCUGGAGCGUCUGCAGUUGCCAGUUCCCGACCAGGAGAGAAGCUCCUACAGUCUGGUGCUAGUUGAGAGACUGAUCAGAGUUAUGAGUCAGGCAGCGCAGCCAGAUAGCAAAGUGCGUCUAGCUACCUUGGAGCUGAGCUGCCUUUUAUUAAAGCAGUCUGUGCUGUCUGGAAACCACUGUAUAAUCAAAGAUGUUCAUCUGGCCUGCCUGGAGGGUGCUAGAGAAGAAAGUCUGCACUUACUGAGGAGAUUCUACAAAGGCGAGGAGAUCUUUCUGGACAUGUUUGAAGAUGAGUACAGAAGCAUGACGAGUAAACCACUCAAUGUGGAGUAUCUAAUGAUGGAUGCCUCAGUGCUGCUGCCACCCACCGGUACCCCCCUGACUGGGAUCGACUUUGUCAAGAGGCUCCCCUGUGGAGAUGUGGAGAAGACACGGAGGGCGAUACGUGUGUUCUUCAUGUUGCGGUCUUUAUCACUUCAACUUCAGGGAGAACCUGAGACGCAGUUGCCUCUGACCAGACCUGAAGACCUUAUCAAGACAGAUGACGUCUUAGACCUCAACAAUAGUGACCUCAUAGCCUGUAUGGUGGUCAGUAAAGAUGGCUGCCAGGCCCAGAGGUUCCUCGCCGUAGAUGUGUACCAGAUGAGUCUGGUUGAACCAGAAACCAAACGCCUUGGAUGGGGUGUAGUCAAGUUUGCCGGCCUUCUGCAAGACAUGCAGGUGUCGGGCGUUGAGGACGACAGCAGAGCAUUGAACAUCGUCAUCCAUAAGCCCAGCUCCAACCCGCACGCCAAGCCCCUGCCCAUCCUGCAGGCCAACUUCAUCUUUGCCGACCACAUCCGCUGCAUCAUCGCCAAGCAGAGGCUGGCCAAGGGUCGAAUCCAGGCCCGACGCAUGAAGAUGCAGAGGAUUGCAGCUCUGUUGGACCUACCUGUGCAGCCCAGUGCAACGGAGGUGUUGGGUUUCGGCCAGACAGCCAACGCUUCGCCCAGCGCCCUGCCUUUCCGAUUCUAUGAGCAGUCGAGACGGGCUCCCAACGACCCCACAGCAAAUAGAUCUGUCUUCGCCUCCGUCGAUAAAGUACCAGGUUUUGCAGUGGCUCACUGUGUGUCGCAGCACAGUCCCUCACCCCUUUCCUCCCCCUCUCCUCCCUCCAGUGGGAGUGGGAGCACAGGAAGAUGUGACUCUGUUACUGCAAGCUCUAUAUCAGCUCAGAGCCCCACAGAUGAUGGUACUUUUCUGGAGCACACCCCACCCUCCUCCUCCUCAGGCGCUGAGGGGGAGGUAAUGUCAGUUUCCUCUGCUCCCUCGGCCCCAGUCACGGCCCUGGCCCCGAGUCUCACCCCGGCUUCCCAGCCCACCAUCUCCCUCCUCACCGACAACAACGCAGACACCCUCAGUGUGGAGUCGCUGACGCUGCUGCCGCCUGCUGACCCACCACACCUGCACCCCUGCGCCAGCCACGUAGCCACGUUACACUCCCUCCAGCGACCAGACGCCUCCAUCGCAGAGGAGGAGGAAGAGGAGGAUGACGACGAGAAAAGGGGGGAUAAGAAAGGGGAGCCAAGAGAAGAAGAGGAGCUGCAAGAGGAAGAGGGGUCGCCAACGGACGAGACAGAGACAGACGCAACAGUCAAAGAGGAAACCACAACAACGGAGUUGGUCACACCCACUGAUGAGGCACCAGAGGAGCCAGAGGGUGGAGAUGAUCCAGCUGGCGAGGACACACGGGUGAAUAGAGACAAAGAGCUGCAAGAAGAGAAGACAGAAGAUGCAGAGACACUCCACGAAACACCAGACUCACUUGAAUUGGAUUAAUCAACACACACAUUCAUGUUCAAGCACUUAAACUCGCCUCUCUCACACAAACACACACAUGCAGAGGAGAGUGAAGAAUGAUAGUUAAACUGUCCAGCUUGACUGCGAUACAUUUUCAUGUUGCAGGUAGUGUGUGAUGUGAAAAGUUGUAGAGGAUUUCGGAGGCACCUCAGCAUUUGUUUUUGCACAUGGAGACAGACUCUUUUUACUCACAUAGAGAGAAGAGAGGACGAGAACGACGCUGGAAGCCUGUAAAGCACAUUUGGGUGUCAGUGCACUUGAGUGUGUCCGGUUUUUAGCAAGUGUGUGUAAAGGCGCACAACCAGCAACAUUUUUUACUCAUUCUGAUCAAUUGUUUGUCAGCUCAAAGACAUACAGACACACACUAUUUUUGUGUCUUAACAGUUCACAAGUAAUGUUUUAUGUUAGUGGUCUUUUCCUGCUAGACACACACACACACACACACACACACAUAGCGUACUUGGAGUCAGCUGCACUUGCCUCUUUUGACCACUUGCAUGUCAAACCCAUAAGCAGUUACUGCCACCUAGAACUGCCACUGGGUGGGUGUGUUUGUGUGCGUGUGUGUGUGUGUAUGUGCGGGCGUGCGUGCGUGCGUCCGUGUAUAUGUGUGCAGGGUUGUGUGUGAGCUCAGAUGAAUCAGCCAUUGUGGUUGUAGGAUUUAGUUGUUCUUGCUCCACAUGUUAAGUUAUGCUCCAUUCAGUUUCCAUUUACCCGCCAUUCACUUUUCCAUGAGCAAAGACGGAGCAGGUAUCAUACCACUCAUAAACGUUGUUCAUACCUAAUCCAUUAAUCAGUAAACAGUUGGAAGGAUUCCUCUUGGGUGCUGCAAGACCAGGUUGUGUGAAAGCAGCUUUUUGAUUUGUCGUCACAGUUGAUGCUUAGCUGAUUUUCAUUGUUAAUUUCCAUUUGUUGAGCUGAAAGUUGCCUGAAUGCAAUGUUUUUCCCCCCAUUCCACCCGAUUAACUUCCUUCCCGAAGCCAUUCUCUAACUCAUGAGCUGCAAGGAUUAGAUAGUGUGUGUGUGUGUUCAUUCACAGAGGUGAUUCAUCAAUCGGCAAACUGACUGGCAGAACAAAUGACGUGAACAGUCCAAACAGGCAACAGGCUGUGUAAUAAGUAGUAGAGUAGUUACACAUGAUGAGUUAGUAGUAAAAAAAAAAUCGCAGAGUAUCUUAGCUGAUUUGUUGUCCUGCUGUUUUACUGAUGGAAAAAGUGUUAUCGAUAUAUUAAGAAAAACAGUAAACUAAUAAUAAUAACAAUAAUUUGCUUGAUAAAUGAAACUCUAACAGCCUCAUAGAGGGAUGCAGUAUAAUUAGUAUCGGUGAUGUUAGACACGUCAACGGGAAUAACAUCCGUGUCUUCAGGUCUGCACCUUGCCACAGCAACAUUGGGUUGAAUGUAUGUGCUGAUUGCCCCUCAGACGCUGACCUGAGCUCAGUUUUAUUCUGGAUAUGUCUUUAAAUUGCUACAUGCUCUCAGCGCUCAAGUGGCUGUUGGGCGCAUCCCGGCUAUGAUCUUAGAAGCUGUCAGUUAUAACAGGAUGCUAACCAGCCAACUCCUGCAAAAGCAGCAUUAUAAUGGGGUGUAUGACCCCGUAAACUCCCAAUCUGAACGCACAUUGUGUUCAGAUUGGGCAACAUAGCAAUGUUCAAAAUCUGAAAAAAUUACAAACUGUAGCCCUGAGAAUCUGAGGUCAGUGUCUAGGGGCACACUUCUCCUCACCCUCCUCCUAUAAUCAGCUGAGAAAAGCUUUACUACUGCAAUAAUCUAAAGAGCUAACCAAUGAGGGGAGAGAUGAAUGUAACAGACCUCUCUCCAGACAGUGUUAUUAUCUGAUCGAUUUGAAUGGGAGCGUUCUUUUAUCCUUAAUUUAUGACUUGAUUUGUAACUAACAAAGCACAGUCUCGGAUUCGUUCAAGCAUGUUUUCUUCCGAUCUGCUCAUCCUUUUUAAAUGCUUGUAUUAAUCCUUUCUCCCUCUUUUCUCUUCCGCCUUUGCGUUCCAGCUCACACCCUUCUUUUGUAUGCCAUUAUCGCACAGUUAAAGUCUUAAUGCUCAGUCACUCUUACUUUUUAAACUCUGUACAGUCAUCGACUAGUUUAUAAAGGAGAAAUUCAGAGCAAUACUCUUUUUUUUUUUUUGGACUCUGUCUCUUAGUAUUUCCAUUCUGCUGCUGUAUAUAGCUGGAGAAUGAUAGUGAUGAUGAUGAUCACUGACAUGUUGAAGAGGCUUGCCUCGGUUUGUAGAGGGGCUGCUUAUGGUUCCAAGGAUCACGCCAUCAUGAGUGAAUUCAACAUGGAGGCAAGUUUCCUGUAACCACUGCCAGCCUCUAUCACACACACGCCAUGACAAGCUUUUCCAUUACUUAGUCUUGAUUGUACUGUGUAUAUGUAAUACAUUUGUACGCUCUGUAAAUGCUUUCGGCUUUUAAACCUGUAAUUAUUGUUAAUGAACUGAAAGAGGAAUAAAUAAAGACCUGCAAUAAAUUAUUCUACUUAACAACACUGAGACAGCUGUAUGAGUGUUGUUAGCAGACAGAAGAGGG